AUGGCUAACAAGGAGUGGAAAGAACUUUUUAGUGGUGCGACAUGUACUGCACUAGCAGCAGUAAAAUCAGACCACUCCCCCCUCUACAUUAACAAACAGGUCCCAAACCAGGGUAGGAAAAUGUGGAGUCUAGGAUUUAGGUAUGAAGCUGCAUGGGAUCUACAUGAAGACUGUCAUAAUAUAGUGGCAAAUGGAUGGAAGAGUACUAGAUCAGCAGGUGCUUCAGGCUGCACAAUGAGACACAAACUGGAAACAUGUCCAAAGGCUCUACAACAAUGGAGGAAAAGAACACAACAGGAAAACCAUAAUCCCAAUGCAGAGACACUACAAAGAAUAAGCCAUCUUCAGAACACUAGAAAUGGCUCCCAUGCCUCUCAAAGAAGAAGAACCAACACAGUUAGAAGCGUAGAGGAUCAACAAGGGACAGUAGUUGCUGCCCAGGCAGGUAUAGGUGAAGUUUUCACAAGUUAUUUCUCGACAUUAUUUUCUACCUCUUGCCCCACUGGUUUUGAUGAAUGCUUCCAUGCCAUGGAGUCAAAAUUAACAGUUGAUAUGAAGUCUUGGCUCUCAAAGCCAUUCACCCGAGAGGAAGUUAGAGGUGUUGUGUUUCAGAUGAAUCCAUUAGGGUCACCUGGACCUGAUGGCUUCCCAGCUCAUUUUUAUCAAAAACAUUGGGAAGUGGUGGGUGAGGAGGUAUACUCUUAUGCACUCGAAGUCCUCAACUGGAGUAGGUCCCUCCAAGAUGUUAAUGACACUUACAUAUCCCUUAUUCCCAAAGUGAAAAAACCCAAGAAAGUAGCUGAGUUUAGACCAAUUAGUCUUUGUAAUGUGCUAUACAAAAUUGUAUCUAAAACCCUUGCUAACAGAAUGAAAGGUAUUCUCCACAACCUUAUCUCAUUGAACCCAAGUGCUUUUGUCCCAGGUAGGCUCAUCUCAGACAACAAAUUAGUAGCUUAUGAAGUUCUAAACUCUAUGAAUUCAAGAAUGAAAGGAAAAAGAGGAUGUAUGGCACUAAAAAUUGACAUGAGUAAGGCAUAUGACAAGAUAGAGUGGAGCUUUGUUGAAGCUGUAAUGGUUAAGAUGGAAUUCCCACUUAGAUGGAUUAGGCUCAUUCAAUCUUGCCUUAACUCAAUAUUCUAUUCUAUUUUGGUUAGUGGAGAACCACAAAGGAAAUUCAUGCCAUCAUGGGGGCUUAGACAAGGAGAUCCUGUAUCUCCUUACAUUUUCAACAUGUGUGCAGAAGCCCUUACUUCACUUCUGAAAAGAGUUGAACAAGUUGGACAGAUUAUUCCUGUACCUGUUGGAAGAGGCCCUAUCACAGUUAAUCAUCUGGAAAGAAGUCCUCUUAAAGGCAGUGUUACAGGCCAUUCCCACUUAUGCAAUGGGGAUUUUCCUGAUGCCAAACUCGAUUACAAACAAGUUGAACCAACUUAUCAGAAAAUUUGGUGGGGCUACAAUGAGGAUACCUCAAAGAUACAAUGGGUUAGGUGGAAUCAACUCAACUACAGCAAAGAGGCAGGUGGUCUUGGUUUCAGAGAUUUCAGAAGCUUCAACCUUGCUUUGCUUGCUAAACAAGGGUGGAGGAUUUUAGAGAAUCCAUCCUCUUUAGCUGCCAUGGUCUUAAAACAAAAGUACUUCUCAAAAUCUGGAUUGUUAGAUGCAACACUAGGGUCAAGACCUUCCUUUGCGUGGAGAGGAGUGUGUGCAGGUUUGGAAAUUCUAAGAGAAGGACUCGUGUGGAGAGUGGGCAAUGGGCACAAAAUUAACAUUUGGAAGGACUGGUGGAUAACUUCCUUCCCAUCAAAAAAAGUAACCUCUACUCGACCAGUGGGUUGUGAAUGUGAACAGGACCUGCUAUCUGCACAGGAGUAUGAAGCUGUAAGAACAAUACCCCUCAGUGUUGGAGGUAUGGAAGAUAGGAUGGUUUGGCACUUCACCACCAAUGGCCAGUACUCAGUAAAAAGUGGCUACCAUGUUUACAGACAAAUGAAAGCUGAUCUUCAAGGGGAGUCAUAUAGAAGAACACAAGUCAAGUAUGUAUGGAAGAGUAUAUGGAAGCUAAAGACUACUCCAAGUGUAAAACAGUUCGUGUGGAGAGCAUGUAAUGGGGCCCUACCAACACUAGCAAACCUGAAGAGAAGGAAGAUUGUAGAGGAAAGUAGUUGUUUCAUCUGCACACAAGCCACUGAAACCUCAAGUCAUGCCUUGUGGAGCUGUGUUGUUGCUCAGGAUGUGUGGAAACAAAGCUGCAGAAAGGUCCAGAAAAUGUCCUGCCAUAGUGACCUCUUCUUUGAUAUUUGGUCCAUUCUAGUAGAAAAUCUAGAUGUUGUUGAGCUAGAAGAGACUGCAAUUAUACUGAAAAGGAUAUGGACCAGAAGAAAUGAGCUCUAUCAUGGGAAAGGAUUCACUCAUCCGACUAGACUGUAUCAACAGGCCAUAGAAGAGGAUGCAGCUGUUAAAGCAAAGAAGGGAAGAGUUGGGAUAGGUGUGAUAGUCAGAGACUACCUAGGCCACGUGGUUGGUACUAUAAGAGCUCAGAGACCUUUAAAAGGGACUCCUUUCGAUGUUGAAGCUUAUGGACUGGUAGUUGCAGCUGUGCUUUACAAAGUCCUAGGACUGCAACAGAUUUGUUUAGAGCGUGAUGCCAAACGAGUGGUGGAUGUGUUGCAAAGCAAAGCACUGGAUUGGAGCUUGGGAGGUGCUUGA